GAGCUCACGGCAUGGAGGGAUCAGUGUGGAUGUGAGACUGUUCUGAAAGUUCAGAACCAAGAGCAAAUGGCCAGCCCAUCUCCUGGAGAGAGCCUGAGCAUCUGGGACAGCCUGAGCUUCCAGCCCUCUGCCACUCUGAGCACUGAGCAGCACUUGGGUGAGGGAGAUUUUGGUGGCACAGAGCUGGAGGACAAACACAGGAGACACCUGGACAUUUUGAGUCAAACCUCCUUACUACUGGCUCACAAACUGAAGCUCCAGCAGCAGCAGCACAAACAUCGGCUUCUGGUGCUGAGGGAGAAGGCAAAGCAAGAGGUUGAGGAAAGCCACAGGUUUCUGAGGGGCCUGCUGCAGCUCAGUUCUGAGGCCAGCAGGAAUUCCAAAGGCAGUGAUCCUCCUGUGGCAAGACCUGACCACACAGAGCAGACACACAGAGGACACUGGCUGGAAGGUGACCUUGCUGCUGGCAGCUACAGGAGUAAUCAAGAGACGGGUUCACUGAGACACUCUGCAUUGAAGAUAGAAAGAGAUCCCAAUCCAGUGGAUCCCAAAAUAUUGGGAGAAAGAAAACCUUUAGGAGGAGGAGGUUCAUGUUGCCCAGUGCUUCAAGGAGCAGAUCACAGGCACAGCCAUCACACCUUGAAUCUGUUGUCACCUUGGGUGAAUCUGCCCCAUGGGGAGACCUGGGACAGCUCUGGGGACAGCAGUGACCAGGCCAGCUCCAACAGCCAGCGGAGCGCAGCCAUUCCACGCUUUGGAUGUUCCAGCACCUUCCAUGGUUGCAGCCUGGCCGUGGUGGAGCAGUGCCUGAGGGCAGAGGAGCUGCGGGCUCGGCACCAGGCAGUGCUGCUGCAGCUCCGGAGGAAAGCUCUGAGGGAGAGGGCCAGGGCCGAGCUGGCCUGGCUGGGCCACCGCAGACGUGUUCUGGAAAACCUGCAGGAUAGCACAGGAGCCUCUGCCAUGGCAGCAAAGCAGCACAAAGUCCUGAUGGAGCUGAAAUGGGAGCAGGCAGAAAUCCAGCACCUGAGAAACAUCCACAGGGCAGCCCAUCAAGAGAGGAAGCUUUUAUUAAAGCAGCAGAGAGAAAUCUUAAUGAUGCAGCAUUCAACAGCACAACUCCAGGAAAAGCUGCACAGUUUGGCUGGGAAGCAGGAGGUUGUGAAGUCAGGGAGUAAAGACAAUUGUGUCCAGCUAAAGCAUAAAAAGAGCAGGAAAUAUGAGGGCUUUUCUACUGAGAACAAGGAAUCACUGGUACAACACCACAAACAGGGGGAGGAGUUGCCAGGUUUGGAGCAGUCCCUUAAUGCUCAGGAUGAUGUUUUCCUACCUCUGGAACCUACAAAUUCAGCUGGAAUGGAACCUAAAGCCACACUUGUUACAAGAAAAGGCCAGAAGUGUGUAUUUCUGGAAUCUGUGCUGGAGGAAAAGGCACUUCUUUCAAACCCUGAUCCUAAAGAUAAUGAAGAUAUUAAUCCAUGUGGCAGAAAGAACCCAGUGAAAGGCUUGGGGAUGCUUCCUACUUGGUGUAACUUAUGCCUGGUUCAGGAGGAAAACACUCUUGAAGGAACAGGUCAAUCAUAUUUAAUGCUAUUAUGUCCAAUCUGUUUCAACUACUUCAAUCAAAUUUUAAUCCAGACAGAAAGAGAGACAAUCUUCUCAUUUAUUACCAAAGUGUCUUGCUCACUAUAGCCAAUGUAUAAAUCACUGCUGGGCAAG